GAAAACAUUUUGAUUUUUAGUUGGACACCAAUCAUUCCUAGCUCGAAAUUUUAGUUACCUUUUGCUUUGUCCUUCACGGUCGCAGCAUUUCUUGUCCUUUUACAGAUGUUCAUUAAUGAGUGAUAUUGUGCCGAACAAAUUCGAAUAUGAUGGAAUGGUUAUAGUUCUGCAUACGAUAUGCAACUUGAAAACUGAGAAGUAUUCUAAAAAUCUGUCAUGGAUUUUUCAAAUCCAUAACUCCUUGUGCUGUUUCAGAAUUUGUGCGACUCUUCCCAAUGAGAAAUCGGUAAAACCACACCAGCCUGAGUCGCAAGACCGUGUAUACAUACAAAGAAGCCAUGGAUGACGAUUCACAACAAGAUAUCUGCCGGGUGUGUCGGUCGGAGGGUAGCAUGGACCGGCCGCUCUUCUACCCGUGCAUCUGCACGGGCAGCAUCAAAUACAUCCACCAGGAGUGUCUGAUCCAGUGGCUGCGCUACAGCCGCAAGGAGUACUGCGAGCUCUGCAACCACCGCUUCUCCUUCACACCCAUCUACUCGCCGGACAUGCCGAAGCGCCUGCCACUCGGCGACAUCCUCAGUGGCCUCCUGGGCAGCGUGGCCACUGCCGUGCGAUUCUGGUUCCACUACACUCUGGUGGCGUUCGCGUGGCUGGGCAUCGUGCCGCUGACGGCCUGCAGAAUCUACCGGUGUCUGUUCGCCGGGUCGGUCAACUCGAUACUGUCACUGCCGCUCGACAUGCUCUCCACUGAAAACCUGCUGAGCGACAGCCUGCAGGGCUGCCUGGUGGUCACGUGCACACUGUGCGCGUUCAUCAGUCUGGUGUGGCUGCGGGAGCAGAUUCUGCACGGCGGCGGUCCCGACUGGCUCGAGCAGGAGGCCGCUGUCCCGGAGGACGACGGUGACCUGGACGGUGUCCCUGGUGACGGCGUCGACCCCGACGACCUGGACCUGCCCGGAGACGAAGCCGACGUGGUGCACGUGGUGCGCCGGGAGGCCGAGGAGGCGGCGGCGGCGGCCGGCGGCGGCGGCGCCGACUGGAACGCCUUCCUGGACCCGGAGCCGCGGCCGGGCGGCGGCGGCGCGGGCGGCGCGGCGGCCGGCGCGGACGAUAACAACUGGAACCCGAUGGACUGGGACCGCGCCGCCGAGGAACUCACCUGGGAGCGGCUGCUCGGCCUGGACGGUUCGCUGGUGUUCCUGGAACACGUGUUCUGGGUGGUGUCACUCAACACACUCUUCAUCCUGGUGUUUGCCUUCUGCCCGUACCACAUCGGCCACUUCGCAAUCAUGGGUUUCCGAGUGCAGGACAUGGUAAUGUCGUCCCACUUCGAGGGCCUGCUCACCACCCUGGUCGGCUACUGCAUCAUCGGACUCAUGUUCGUGCUGCUGCACACGUUCGCGUCCAUCCUCUCCAUGAACAGGGCGAAGCGCGUUCUAGGCGUGUGCUACGUGGUGGUCAAGGUAUCGAUGCUGGCCGUGGUGGAGAUUGGCGUGUUCCCGCUGGUUUGUGGAUGGUGGCUGGAUGUCUGCUCCCUCACACUGCUCGACACGAGUCUACAGGACCGUCAGAAGGCGUUCAAGCUGGCUCCGGGUUCGUGCAUGUUCCUGCACUGGCUGGUCGGCAUGAUUUACGUCUUCUACUUCGCCUCGUUCAUCCUGCUGCUGAGAGAAGUGCUUCGGCCGGGUGUGCUGUGGUUCCUCAGGAACCUCAACGACCCCGACUUCAACCCCAUUCAGGAGAUGAUCCACCUGCCAGUGCUGCGGCACACUCGGCGCUUCAUCGCCUCCGUCAUCAUCUUCGGCACCACGGUGCUGCUGAUGCUGUGGCUGCCGGUGCGCUUCAUCCAGUACUGCUGGCCAAAGUUCCUGCCCUACAACGUCGCGCUGGUCAACGAGGGCCCGGUGGUGGAGCCGUCUCUGCAGAUUCUCCUACUUCAGGUGUUCCUACCGGCGCUGCUCGAGCAGGGACACACCAAGGUGUGGCUGAAGAACCUGGUCCGCUGGUGGUGCGUGGCCGUGGCGCGGGUCACUGACCUCAGGUCCUACCUGCUCGGAGACGUCCAGCUCAAUGAACAGGAGGACGACAUUGAGCGCGGUAACUACGACGGUCCGCUGCCGCCUCCGCCGCCGCCGCCGCCCCCGCCGCGGGCCGAGCCGAACGGCGUGGCGGGCGGCGCGGCGGGCGGCGGCGGCCUCGGCGCGGCCCACCAGGCGCUGAUCCUGCACGAUGCGCCGGUGGGCUUCCAGCCCUACAAACGGCCGCAGUGGAUGUCCGCUAGGAUCGGCUGUUUGCUGAUACUGAUGUGUAUCACCCUACUGGUCUCCUCCGUCCUGAUGCUGACCGUGCCGGUCUACAUCGGCCGCUGCCUGCUGUCCCUCUGGGUCACCGACGGACCCGCCCACGAGCUAUACACAGCCGCCUGCGGCCUCUACGCCAGCUGGCUGGCCGUGCGUCUGGCGGUGCUGGCCGCCAGCUGGCUGCCGCUGGGCUGGUCGGGCGUGUACGCCCGGCUCCGGCAGUGGGCGGUGGCGGCGCUGCGCGCUCUGGUGGCGCUCGUGGUGCUGGUCGGAGUGAUCCCCCUCUGCUACGGCCUGCUGCUCGAGGUGGUGGUCAUUGUACCCAUCAGGGUGCCGCUCAACCAGACGCCCGUCUUCUUCGUGUUCCAGGACUGGGCACUGGGGGUGCUCUACACCAAGAUCACGUGUGCCAUCACCAUGAUGGGCCCCAACUGGUGGCUCAAGGCUGCGCUCGAACAGGUGUAUCUGAACGGCCUGAGGAACCUGCAGCUGCGCGCCGUGCUCAUGGACCUGGCUCUGCCGCUGGUGGUUCUACUCGGUCUGGCCCUGGCCGUACCCUAUGUACUGGUCCACUCCUUUGUGCCGCUUAUCCUGCCUCCAUCGACGGCGCUCUACAUGGUGCAGCGGAACAUCUACCCGUUCCUGGUGGUGGUCAGCUCGCUGGUUACCAUGCUCUGGUUCCAGUACCACCAGUUCCGGAAACUCUACGAACACAUCAAAAACGACAAAUAUCUGGUGGGCCGCCGACUGGUGAACUACGACCCCCAGCGGCAGGAGUCGCGGGCGGCCGCCGCGGCCGCUGCCCAGGCCGCUCCCCAGCCGCCGCAGCCGGCUGCAGCCGAGGAGGCCAGAUAAGGACAGUGUCGGGCGGCCGGACCGACUGCUGUGCAGCCGCCCCCGCCCCCGCCCCCGCCCCCGCCCCCGCCCCCGCCAGACACCACAUUGGAGGUCGCCGGCCGGAGGAUCACGCCUGUUCUGAACGGGCUGAUCGCCGGACCGCCGGCGGUGGGUGACGUCAUACUUCCAGUGGUUGGGAGUGACGCACUUGAUGCAGUGUGACGUCAUAGAGCGAAAGGGUGAAGUGGGACAUAAUCUGCUAGAAAACACUGGCGUGGUGCUACAGAAACGGAGAUGACGUCACAUCACGUGAGUUCCGCGGCUUAUUGUGUCAUAGUUCGCCUUUCGAAUUACGCGAUGUUUUUCGCAGUGACAUAUUUUGAAACAAAGUUCUACUCUUUGUCGGUUAUGAGAUACCCAAAACCCAUGAACAACAGACUUAAAAAAAAAAUCAGCCGGUUCUGCCAGAGACUUGCUAUAAGUAAAAUCCUCAGGCGUCCAAAUCUCACGGCGACUAUUACAUUGUGCCGUUUAUGCUUCGCUAAACAGCAUUUCAGUAAUAUUUAAUCUCGACCACUGAAGGAACGACGUGAAUAGCUACAUUUAAAUGGGACGGUAGUGCAUUACAGCGAGGGCGUAUGGUUUUACACAAGAUAAGACGUUCUACGUGUCGUAUACCUUCAAUAGAUGAAUCGGGGUUUGACAGGCGAUCCUGAGCUGUAAACGUAGUAUAAUCAUCGCAGCCAUGUGUCAAACGUGAUGAAUAUAUGUGCGGCUUGUCAAUGUCCUGGUCUAUUGGUAUUCUUUCAAUGGUGCUCGGCACUUUACGCGUGUUGUACGCCGUCUUGCCAUACAUAAUACAGCCAUGUGAAGGUGUCCGCGGCUCAUGUGCCUAAUAUAGUGCGUUCUGUGGUGUGGUCCAGCUGGUGACUCUUCUUCCUUCGCCACGGUGUGAUGGGCCCUGCUCCUCAAUGUUAGAUAUCUGUAGUAAGUGGUGUGAAAACGGGGAUCUGUGAGGCGAGGAAGACCCCAGGUAGAAUCCUGUGCUUGAAGUACAGGGUGUCCCAUAAGUUCGUUCUCACAUUAUAUUUGCAUGUGAAACAGAGUACAUUGCGUUUUGAUAUAUUAAUGACCCCUCAUUGUGCUCCCCAGUUAAUAGGCAAACACAUGAAUACAUGCUGCGGCAUGCCAACUGGCAGGUUUGGCUGCUUAGCAGGCUUGAAGUUAGCCCAGACUGAAUUGACGUGCGCCGUGAGCUCCUCGAGGCUGGAACAGCGCUUCGCUUCGACGAGCCUCAAGUUCAGUAUAACCAACGAAUUUUUAUGAAAUUUUGAUCCGAUGAGUUGCCUGGCAUGUGAUCUUCCCACAAACGCCUGUCACAGUCCCCUUGCACUGCUUUUAAGCUUUGCUUGACCUGUGCACUGAUGCACUGUCUUGCCUGAAGCUGGGCCUACGACCUUCCGGAUGCCAUUUUCUCCUCUAUAAAUGUGUUCAUACUCGCGGUUCGAGCUCAGCUUGAAGGCUGAAACUCCUCCUAGAUGUUCUUGGGAAAGUAUUAUGCUUCCCACAGCUGUUUCUGGGACACCAAUCGCAACCUGGUCAGCGUCUGGACGCCUAUAACCUCACAAUACCGUGAUCUUGGCCUUUUGCAUAGGAACAUAACGGGACGGAACGGAGGCCUCCUCCUUCGCCCUUAUGGGGUUGUUUUCGGGUUUGGACGGGUGUUUCAUCUCGAACGUGGACUAGUUAGUCCAGAUGACCUUAUUGAUGUCCUCAGCCCUCUAGUUGUUUAGCCUCAGGCAUAACGAAACUCAUGUUUGGCCAUUUUAAUACGUUUUUGACUGUUUUGAGCCCUCCGGUAAGCAAAGCUUAAGCACCUUUGAGUUAUGUACCCCGAAAGAAUACUCUUAGACAGCUGGUAAUCCAUCCUGAAAAGUCUGCUUACCAACUUUCUAGCCCUUUAACCUUUUUGAUGGCCACUUUGGCGCCACACAGUUUUGGCCACAUGGCUCACUCCUGAGGGCUGACUGGAAAGAGAAUAAACUUGCAGUGAUUGACUCCCGACAAAUCAUCGGCGUCACUUGCUGACUGUGCGUCCAGUUAGCGAUGGACAUUGGCUACAGACUGGUAGGCCUCAAUCACCCUCAAUCGUCGAGAAUGGUCACGUGCUGACUAAAUACCGAGAAGUACCCGUAUCAGAGACCUUAAUGUUGCGGCGUUAGCCGUCUCUGUAGGAAGCGGGCUCUCUAGCAAAAACUAUUUUGUCUACAGAAAUUAGUUACUGUGGAGCAUAUUGCUACCAGCCAUGGCAACCACGUAAGCUCAGUUACGAACCAAUUUCAGCGUGCCUUUAAGCAAGAGAGCCUAUAAACGUAAAAUUUAGGUGAGAACGAACUUAUGGGACACCCUGUAUGUUGCAUAAUACGAGUAUGUGUCGGGUUUGUAAACACGUGUAACGAUUUUCGGAAUGCGUUAUUAUUCAUCACGGAAUCCGUGUAAUUCAAUUAUCGGUCUUUGUAGAUAAGUAUGCCUCUGUGUAAUUCAGUAAACGGUCCUUGUAGAAAAGCCUACAUAUGUGUAAUUCAGUGAGCGGUUCCUGUAUAGAAACCUGCCUCGGAUGUUGCCCCGACGCGAGGGGUACGAUAUUGUGCUUUCGAUGUGAGUUACUGCUCCCCGCUACCGGGCGCAAUAUGGCGUGGUUAGUGUGUCCCGAACGACCCGGUCUGUUGAGAAGACCGUUCCUAAAGGACCCGAGUGUGCGAAGCUGUGGACGGAAGAUGCGGCCUCAAGGAGUAAUGUGGAAUGUGGAUUCAGUGGACUGACCAGCCGUAGACUGAAUGUGGAUGUGGAACUGGAUGAUGGGUGUCAUUGUGGAACAGACUCGGGUAUGGAUGUGGUGAUGGAAGGGAUACGAUGUUGGUGACCUGGUGCUAUCCUAACCGGCCGUGGUGCAGGGAUGAAGAGAACAUGUGCUGCACUAAGGGAAUCGCUGAACUGUAAGCCGUCACGGCUGUUGUCGAGCGGGUGUCUCUGUGUGUCCUUGGAGUCUCUCGCGUGAACCUUUGCCUGUGAAAACUACCCAGCGCAAGGCUUUCGCCGGCUUCCUAUCGUGGCCUCCAGACGUCGUGUUUUGAGUUGCCACAGCGGCCCAGCGGGCUGGUAUUAUGCCUACGUAUUAUCCUAUUUCGCUCGACGCACUCAAAACAUAGCCCCAGCCGAUUGACGUGCAGUGGUGCGGUAACUCGUUAUACGUUACUGUCGAAACCAUAAAACAGCUUACUUGAACUGCAUAGCCGCCCCUGCGUAGAGAACAGCCUAAGUUGUAUAAGGCGCCCCCGAUUUCAAGUGUGACUGAAGGCUGUGUAAAUGUGAAUCAGCUAAGACUGCGACGAGUGAAAGAGCAGGGUGUCCGUUAGAUGAGGGGGUGGUGCCCAGAACUAACUAACCCGUGCCGUCUGUGUAUAAUAUCACGGCUCUCGCUAAGAGGGCACGCCGAGGGGCGAUGGGUUUCUCUCGCUGUUCUCGGGUAUUAGAGGAGCUAUACAGGUGUUUACGUCUGUGGGAUACAACAGACUGAGAUAGCGCCAUGGCUAACCAAGGACAUGUAAAUACAUCGAUUUUGAAUGGAA